CUGACAUCUCUUGGGAAGAUUUCUGUUUGCUCCAUCUCUAAAUAAUAACGCGGACCGUGGUUUGCUGGAGUUCCAAAUCGAUGCCAAUCUGAAGAUUUGGAGCAUGAUCCGUUUAGAGGCAUUUAAUACUUGUCAGAUAAUUGUUCACUGACAAAUGGGCUACACUUAUAGUCAGAGGCUCAAAACAUUUUUAGGCCUCUGUUCGCCUCGGAUGCAACAUCACUGCACAAACCUUACUUUUUAUUGUAUUGCCUCCGAAUGCAUAAUGAAAAACGUGCAGUCGACUGCACAUUUAGUUCAGCCCGAUGCAGACGCUGCGUGAAGAGGAUGACGCACAGCAGCGGAGGAGAUGAUCAGCACCGCUGGCUCUUGAGGAUGACAGCGUCGCCGCAAAAAAAAAAAAAAAAAACAUUCAGCGACAAAAACACAUUGACCGGAGAGUGAUGGCCGUCGUCUGCAGCUGAACCGGGAAACGCAGAGUAAGAUGAGAUGCCCGGCCGUUUAGCGGCGAGUAUCGCUGCAUCUCAUUCCGUCUGAGGCAGACGAGGGUUGCGCAUCGUCACAAGGAGCCGUGCGGGACAUGGACCCAGCAACUGCGGGAAUCGGGAGUGAUGGAAGCCCCACAGAGGAAGCGGCCGCCGGAUCCAGUCUGGAGCUUGACUUUGGGGACACCGAACCAAGUCGUGAGAAGAAGAUCGGCCACAGGAGAGUAGAUGCCCACGGAGAGACUACAUAUAAAAAAACCACCUCUUCUGCCUUGAAAGGGGCAAUCCAGUUGGGGAUCGGAUAUACCGUUGGCAACCUCAGCUCCAAGCCUGAGAGAGAUGUCCUCAUGCAGGAUUUCUACGUGGUGGAAAGCAUCUUCUUCCCCAGUGAAGGCAGCAACCUCACUCCAGCCCAUCACUACCCAGACUUCAGGUUCAAAACCUACGCCCCCGUGGCCUUCCGCUACUUCAGGGAGCUGUUUGGGAUCCGGCCAGAUGACUACCUGGUGAGGUCUUUUCCAUCCAUAAUCCAUGUUAUAYUCUGGCUUGCAUUUUCCUCUGCCUUUGUCCUUCAACCCGUCGACCAGAACUUGAACCAGAACCCCCGCACUUUGCUGCCCAAGUUUUUUGGCCUUUACUGYGUCCAGUGUGGCGGCAAGAACAUUCGAAUAAUUGUGAUGAACAAUAUAUUGCCACGCUCGGUUCGCAUGCACCUCAAGUUUGACCUCAAGGGCUCGACGUACAAGAGGCAAGCAUCCAAGAAGGAAAGGGAGAAGUCCAAGCCCACGUUCAAAGAUCUGGAUUUUCUGAGUGACGUUMCCGAGGGCCUCACUUUGGAUCAGGAAAUGUACAGCGCUUUGGUCAAAACACUGCAACGGGACUGCCUGGUUCUGGAAAGUUUUAAGAUCAUGGAUUACAGUUUGCUGCUUGGCGUUCACAACCAAACCCUAGCAGAGAAAGAAAAUCAGUCCCAGGGCUCACCAGCAGGAGGCGGYGAUGAGAAGAAGCCUGCAGGACAGAGGGCUCUCUAUUCCACCGCCAUGGAGUCCAUACAGGGCGGGUCCACAUGCAGGGACACACUGGAACAUGAUGACACUAUGGGAGGAAUCCCAGCAAUGGGRAGUAAAGGAGAGCGCCUCCUGCUGUUCGUUGGGAUUAUUGACAUUCUGCAGUCCUACAGGCUGAUUAAAAAACUGGAACACUCCUGGAAGUCUCUCAUCCACGAUGGAGACACGGUGUCUGUCCACAGACCCAGUUUCUAUGCGGAGAGGUUCUUCAGGUUCUGCAGCACAGUUGUCUUCAGGAAAAGCUGCUCAUUACGACCAUCUCCGUCUAAGAAAGGUCGAGGGGCCCUCUCGGGGUCCAAGUACAGUGCCGGAGGCGGAUCGGCCGGACAGYGUCCCUCGCUGACUGACGAAAGACAGGAAAACCUGGAGAACUUAGAGAACCUCAGAGGAGCCCGCAGCUUCUCUAUACUGGAAGAGAACGGUAAAGAGCCGCCCUGCACUCCUCCGUCAUUUGAAGACGCAACGACAGCAUCUAUUGCAACCACGCUGUCAUCUAACAACUCUUUACCGACCACCCCGUUUGACACUCCAGAACACCCGCGCCCCAGAAGACAAAUGCAUUCACCAAACAUAGUCAGAUCACAAAAAGAGCUGGUUGAGGUUCACGGCGAACGUCAGGACACUAUAACCGUGGAAGUGGAGCUGAGCAAGAUCCCGCAGAGUACGGAGCUGACGCAGAGGGCAGAGAUCCCGUCUUCCAGCCAACAAUCGCUCAGUCAUCAAACUUGCACAGCAGCUCCGUCCGCCCCCAGCUCUGCAUGUCCAUCCUCUGCAUUUUCCUCCGCUACUCUUCCUCCUUCCUUUGCGUCAUCCUCCUCUGCUCAAUGUGCUGCCCAGUCAUCCUCUACGCUUUCUUCGUCCAUUCGUCCGUCCACCGAGCCRCUCACCUCUCCAGGAGCCGCCCGGUCUCUGACUCUCUCCUCUCYGGUCUCUGGCUCAAAAGCAAAAUCUGUUCAGCUCACCGGUUUGUCUCCGAACGCCUCCACCCUCGCUCCUGCCUCGGCGUUCACCCCCAUCCACCCRGCGUCCGCUAGCUCCUCUCAGCAUUUUCCCUCUACGCCUCCCUCCUCAGCCCCUUCRAGCCCCCAGUUGCCUCAGGAAGGACCGCGAACUUCGCAAAAGCAGCUUUCAGUGUCCAGCAGCCACAGCUCCUUGGAAGCGGAGGUGCAGGUCUCUGACAUUUACUUUUAUGCGGAUGGAAGAUACUGGGUGUAUUCUCCAGUUCUUGGCCGUCGUAAACUUAACUCUAGUUCAAGUUACAAUACUCAGGAGGACCAGGGCUGUGUUUUCUCUCCUUUCCACUGCAGCUCUGAGUCCAGAAGAGACUCAGAUGUGGACAGUGAAACAUAAUUUCAGUCGGAGGCAGCGGCAGUGGGUGGAGCCGGAGGCUUUCUCCUCACACAAAAGCUGGGAGGGUUUAAUGGUACAGGCAGCAGGACAAUGAUGAUUUACUGYUGGCUGCUGAAGCUGCAUGUAAGAGUCUGCUUUGCUUAUGAGUAAAUCUUAUUACCUGGCAUUYAGCUGAAAGAAUGCAGCUUUGCAUUAUGCAUUCGAACAAAUGUACAGAGAGAUUUACUGCUAAUAUAGUGGAAGACUAUGAAGUAGUUGCAAUCAGGACAAUUUGCUCAUACAGAAGUGGAGAAACGUAUAAAUCUU